AUGUCCCCUUUUGAGUGCCAAUUUGGCUAUCCUCCACCCAUGUUUGCCGAGCAGGAGGAGGAACUUGGGGUCCCGUCAGCGGAACAACUGGUAGGUCGGUGUCGCAGGGUCUGGCAGAAGGCCAGGGUGGCACUGCAAGCGGCUGUCCGGAAAAGCACCCUUGCGGCCAAUCGCAAAAGACUUAUGGCUCCCACAUUCCGUCCUGGCCAGCGGGUCUGGCUGGCCCCCUCACUUAGUGCUGAGCCCUUCUUCCCCCAUACAGAGACCAGAUCUGUGAAAAUGGAGAAACGGACCAUUGUACUGCUGGGAAAGACUGGUGUUGGGAAGAGCGGCACAGGGAACACCAUCCUGGGGAGGAACAUGUUUGAAUCACGUCAAUCUUUAAUUUCUGUGACAAAACAGUGUGAAGAUAAACAGGAAGUGAUCAAUGGAAAGCUCAUAAGUGUAGUUGAUACUCCAGGGUUCUUUGAGACUGAAAUGUCAGAAGAGGAAUUAGCCAAAGAGCUAGGCAGGAGUGUUUAUCUGUCACAACAAGGGGUUCAUGCGUUCAUUUUAAUUAUUCCAUACGGGAGAUUCACAGAACUGGAGGAGGAAAUAAUUACAAGUAUACAGACUGUAUUUGGUAAAAAAGUGACAAACCACAUGAUUCUCCUUUUCACUCAUGGAGAUGAGAACAAUUUUAGGAAAGUGUGGAGGGAGGUAUCAGAGAACAACAGACAGCAGGUUACUGAACUUCUGCAGAAGAUUGAUGGAAUGUUAGAGCUGAACAGUGGAAGGAGCUACACCAAUGAAGUGUACGAGGCAGCAAGACGCACCACCUGGGAACAAUUCUGGGAAAAGUUCAAAGAAUUGUUUUUGAUGGCAGCAAAAAAAAUAUUUAUAAAACUAAUUGAAAGAGUUCAUGUAGAGUUAGAGUGUGGGGAGUUUGGCUCAGGGACUGAGGUCAGAGUUCCUACAGAGACAGAAUGA